CACAUUGCACACCUUGAUGCCAUUUCUCGCUCCCUUUUUGCGUUUGCUUGCGUCGAAUUGCCAGCAAAUGAAAAUAACGAAACAAAAAAUUUUAUUUUUAAUAACAAAAAAAGUGUUCACUGUUUAAUUAAGUGUUUUUUACAAAAAUUUGACAACUCCUAUAUUAUUAUUUCUCUGAAUUAAUCAAAUCUCCAGAAAAUGUUUUCAACAUUAGAAUCCUUCGACACAAAACUCUCAGCAGAUUCAGUGGAAUGGUGUCCAAUUGACAAUUUCAGAGAUGUAUUUGUCUGUGGAACAUAUAAAUUAGCUGAGGCCGAUGAAGAUGACGAACGAGAAUUAACCCAAAGAUUGGGAAAACUUUAUCUAUUUCGCAUUCAAAAUGGAAGAUUAAAUUUACUGCAGAGCUAUGAAGGCGCUGCUAUUUUAGACAUGAAAUGGGCCCACACGAGAAUUUGCAAUAAAAUUUUACUAGGAAUUGUCACUUCGAAGAAUAUGUUGGAAAUUCAUGAAUUAGUUGACGAUUGGAAUCCAACUUUAGAAUUAAUCAAGAAAGUUCCCGUUGAAGAAUCAGAGGAAACACUGGCAUUGUCACUCGAUUGGUCAAUGGGAAAUCCAAUGACGUACAAUUGUGAAGUGAAAAUUGUUGUCAGUACAUCAAUUGGUACUGUUUGUAUUUUUCAUUUGACUACAGAAGGUGUCGAGAAACUUCGAUCAAUUGAGUGUCACGAUUAUGAGGCUUGGAUAUCGGCAUUUAAUUAUUGGGAUUCAAACAUUAUUUAUACUGGCGGAGAUGACAGCAGAUUUAAAUCAUUUGACAUCAGAGUUGACACACCUGUAAUGUCAUCCAGAACACAUUUGGCAGGAGUGACCAGUAUUCACUGCAAUCCUAGACAAGAACGUUCACUAGCUUCUGGAAGUUAUGACGAAUACAUGAGAUUGUGGGACACGCGAAAAAUGAGUUAUCCUCUAUCGUCGAAAAAUUUAGAAGGAGGAAUUUGGAGAUUAAAAUGGAAUCCUUUCGAUGGAAAACAUCUUUUGGCCGCAUGUAUGUAUGGAGGUUUUAGAUUAUUAGAAUGCGAAAAUUUCGAGAAUCCCCAAAUAUUGUCGGAAUAUAACGAGCACACGAGUAUUUCGUACGGUUGUGAUUGGUCGUUUUUAACUUCUCAAGAAAUCGUACAACGAGAAUUAUAUUAUGACAUGGACCAACAAGUAGCUCUGGUUAGCACUUGCUCAUUUUAUGAUCAUUUAAUGAAUUUAUCAAUAGUCGAAUUUUCAUAAUGUUCGUAAUUGCCAUUUUUUUUUUAGAAAUAUUUUUUAUACAGUAUUCUAUUUAUAUUUAAUUUAUAUACAUUUAUAUUAUUAUCUGUUAUGAAAUUUAAUAAUUUGGUCUCGUAACUUAUAAAUUCGCGAUGUCUUUUGACGAAUUUUUUUAAUCUUUACAUAAUUUCAAUUUUUUUGGCAAAAUACAGCCCGUCUCAAUUAAUUUAAUAAUGAAUCCCAAAAGAAAAGAAACGAAAUAUUUAUGCCAAAGUGAUAGCAUCCAUAAUGAAUUUUAGAUAUAAAAUAUUGUAUUUUUAUUCAAUUGUACUAAUCUAUUUAUUUAUUGACUAAUUAUGUUAUCACUUUCUAUAUUUUGUUAAAGAUUUUAUAAUAUUUAUAUACGGACAGAUUUUUUGUAAAUUAUUUCUUGUUAAAUUUGAGAUGAGAUGUAUAUUAUUUAUAUUGCCGUGAUAUAUAUUAAUUGCAUAAUAAAAUAUAAUUUAAAUCAAACUAGGAAAUAAAUAUCUUUUAUGUAAA